AUGGUAUUUCAGUGUGACAAAAUUUUCUACACCGACCUGAAUGUCCCAUCUAUCGAAGCCCUUUCCGUCUACCCUUCAGGAAAGAAAUCUGUCAGUAGACCAGUGAACCUAUGGGACGUUAUCGCGAACGUCACCGUCAGCGUCACGAACACCGGUGAUAGGGCUAGAGCUGAAAUUCCGCAAUUGUACCUAUCAUAUCCCGAGAGUGCGAAGCAGCCUGUGCGCCAGCUUCAAGGCUUUGAGCGGGUGGAGCUGGCUCGCAGGGAGAGGUCGACGGUGACGUUUCCGAUCCGCAGACAGGAUGUGUCAUUUUGGGAUGUGGAGGCGGAACAAUGGGCUGUUAAGGAAGGUGAGUAUAAAUUUAGUGCAGGGGCGAGUUCAAGGGAUUUGAGGUUGUCCAGGACGGUUACUAUUCGGACAGAUCGAUGUCUGGUCCUUGCUGUUGUGAGGGUGAUAAAUAAUUCUCUGAUAGUCUAA